AAUGCGGAUUAGCCCGGAAUCGAAUUAUGAUCCCAGCAUAGACAGACGCUUCCUUGUUUUUCACCUGGGAUCCCACCUGAAAGGGCUGGGCAGAGCAGCUUCGGAUGCCCUUCGUUUGUAAACAGGAGGCUCGGGAGCAGCCUCUGAUUGUCCUCGCCAGAUGAACCUCUCCUCGGCCAGCGAUACGUCUUGACUCCGGAGGGGGCAAAAACAGAAAGAGGAAAAAAGUGUCCACCAAGCAUCUGAAUAGAGAUACACAAUCCAGGACAUUAACUGGAGACUGAAAUAAUCAGUAACAAUGAUGACAGAGACGGGCCCAGAUUCGGAGGUGAAGAAUGCUCAAGAAGGAAGUCCCCAGCAGCAGCUGGAGGCAGCAGCAACUGGGCCAAAUACAGUGAAUGGUAGCUCCACCAACACAGUACACAAUCAGGAGGCUGACGAUAAUGAGAAACCAGGAGCCCUCAGUGAUGCUAAACAUGGGGAGCGGGCUGUGGACAUGGAUGAAAAAGACUACAGUGAAGCAGAUGGGUUAUCUGAGAAGACUACCCCCAGCAAGGCCCAAAAAUCUCCUCAGAAAAUCACAAAAAAGUUCAAGAGUGCCAUCUGCAGAGUGACUCUCCUGGACGCCUCAGAGUAUGAGUGUGAAGUGGAGAAACAUGGUCGGGGUCAAGUACUCUUUGACCUGGUCUGUGAGCACCUUAACCUGUUGGAGAAGGAUUAUUUUGGACUCACGUUCUGCGAUUCAGAUAGUCAGAAGAAUUGGCUGGAUCCUUCUAAAGAAAUAAAGAAACAGAUUCGCAGUGGCCCCUGGAAUUUUGCCUUCACAGUCAAAUUUUAUCCACCAGAUCCAGCCCAACUCACAGAGGACAUCACAAGGUAUUACUUGUGUCUGCAACUUCGAGCAGAUAUUAUCAGUGGACGUCUACCGUGUUCUUUUGUAACACAUGCACUGUUAGGCUCCUAUGCUGUACAAGCUGAACUGGGGGAUUAUGAUACUGAAGAACAUGUUGGCAAUUAUGUUGGUGAACUACGUUUUGCUCCAAAUCAGACCAGAGAAUUGGAAGAGCGUAUAAUGGAGCUACAUAAGACUUACCGGGGUAUGACACCUGGCGAGGCAGAGAUUCACUUCCUGGAGAAUGCCAAGAAACUUUCAAUGUAUGGAGUUGACUUGCAUCAUGCUAAGGAUUCAGAAGGCAUUGACAUCAUGCUGGGUGUUUGUGCCAAUGGCCUUCUCAUAUAUAGGGACAGGCUGAGAAUAAACCGUUUUGCCUGGCCCAAGAUCCUCAAGAUUUCAUACAAAAGAAGUAACUUCUACAUCAAAAUUCGACCUGGUGAGUAUGAGCAGUUUGAGAGUACCAUUGGUUUCAAGCUGCCCAACCAUCGCUCAGCUAAGAGACUCUGGAAAGUUUGCAUUGAACAUCAUACUUUUUUCAGGCUGGUGUCACCCGAGCCUCCUCCAAAAGGCUUCCUAGUAAUGGGCUCCAAAUUCCGCUACAGUGGGCGAACACAGGCUCAAACCCGGCAAGCCAGCGCUUUGAUUGAUCGUCCUGCCCCUUACUUUGAACGCUCCUCCAGCAAACGGUACACCAUGUCUCGCAGCCUCGAUGGAGAAUUCUCCCGCCCAGCUUCAGUGAGUGAGAAUCAUGAUGGAGCAGAGUCAGACAAGAGAGAAGACGACAGGUAUAGGGGGAGGACAAGAUCUGAAGAUGAAGAGGUGACUACUCCAACAAAAAUCAAGGAGUUAAAGUUUUUAGACAAACCAGAAGAUGUUUUGCUAAAGCACCAGGCCAGCAUUAAUGAAUUGAAACGGACCCUGAAGGAACCCAAUAGCAAGCUUGUGCACAGAGACCGGGAUAGAAGGCUGCCUUCCUCACCUGCUUCUUCUUCACCCAAACAUGAAGAUGAGACGCCAAAAGGGACCCCUGAGAAGGCCAAUGAGAUGUCAGAAGAGGAUUCUCCAGAGGAUCUGUCAUCUGAACAUGGAGCUGCCUUAAUCAUGGAAUCUUUUAUACAGAAAAGCCUUGUUUCUUCUCCUGAGGGUUCAGAGCAUUGGGUAAUUAUAGAAAGAGGAACUUCUGGGCUGGAAGAGCUAGCACUAAAACAAAUUAUUAAGACCCAGAAGGAAGAAUCAAGUGCAGGUGCCUCAGGAAAGCAAACAGAUUUGGACUUCUCAAAAGAGCCCACUGCAGUAAGGGUAACCAAGGCAGCGACAAAGCAAGAGGUGAAAGGAAAUGAGGAAAGCAAAAUAAAAGUUCACAGAAAAGCCAAAAUGAUAGCCAGUCCAGAAGAUUUUGAAUCAUUAUGGGAUGAUGAUAAGAAUGAGAAAGAUUACAGAAAGAAAUCUUCGGAGACAGAAAACCUUAGUGGGGAAAGAGAAGAGAAAAGCAAUAAAAUAGAGACAGCACUAUUUGGUUCUUGUGAACCUGAGAAGAAAGAAGAACAAAAAGACAAAAUAAAAGAUGUGGUGCUAGCCUCCACUGAAAAUAUGCAACAUACUGGCCUGCUCCAAUCUAAAGACGGACCAAUAUGUGCCUCUUUUCAUCCAGAGUCUCCAAAAAAAGAAAACAGAAUUAUAAUAAGCGAACAUAGGACUUCUUUGAAAUUAUCAGAAAAAGUUCUUCAGGAUACCUCAGAUUCUGACUCAGUUAAAACUAAGGUGAAACUAAGUGAUAAGACAGCAUCUUCUGCUGCUGAACGGAUUAUCUAUUUGGGUUCUGAAGAAACAGAUGAAACAAAAAAUGAGACCAAGGAAAUACUUGACCAAAAAAAGAAUUGUGCCUUUGAAACGAAGCAAGAAAACCAAAUAGAAGAACAGAAUUGCAUUAGUCUUGCCCCAGUUAUAGAAAAAAAAGAGGGAGAAAAUGUGCUUCCAUUCCCCUUACCCACAUAUUGUGAAGAAAUGUUAGACAUCAGCAAAACAAUUCUUCAGUCAGAGCAGUCCGAGACUGCAGAUGACAAAAACAUACUUUCUGUUAAGCAAUCUUCCAAUGAAAAAGAAGUUCAUUCAUCAAUUCCAGGGGAAGGUCUUCCUGUAGAGUCAAAUGAGUAUGGAAUCAAAGAUGAUCAGGAAUGCAGUGCAUAUUCUUCGACAGAUGAAGCCUAUGAAAGGGAUUCCAUAAUCCCAUUAUCAGUGCCUCAGUUACAAUCUGGACCCUCCACAAAAGAGGCAACAGCUUAUCCUUCUUACGAGCAUAAAAAAGGAGUUGAUGAAACAUAUAACAGCAGUCUUCCAGAAGGGAAAAAAGAAUAUGAUAAGAAGGAGGCUGAUACUGCCAUAGGAACACAGAGCAUGAUAUCAAAAAUUUCAGAAUACCAAAGCAACAGAAAAACUUCAGAAAAUCAAAGCAAAAGAAAUAAGUUAGAAGAAAUGGAAGCUACUCAAAUACUUCUUCAAAUGGAAGCCAAAGAAUGUAUGGACUCCACCAUGAAUUCCUCGCAACACCAGCUUUUCUCUUCUACAAAAAUUUCAGCUAGAGAUUCACAUACAUCACAAGAUGCAAAAACCAAAAAAUCAGCCCAAGAAAAGACUCAUGAUUCAAGCUGGCCUCUUCAGGACAAAUUAUCAGAAGGUCAGGAACUAGUCCAAAAUAAAUAUAUUAGAUCUGAAGAUUCCACCAAAGAUGAACUUCCUGACUCAGAGCUAUUAGCCAAAAAUGAAAGUAUUGAAUUGAACAGUUCAGCCAUAAACAAACAACAAAUGGAAAGUGGAGCCUCCGUUAAUUCUAGUGAACAGGAUCAGAUAGUAAAAGAUAAGUCUACCCUGUCAGAAGAUUCAACUAAAAAUAAACCAUCAAAUUCACGUAAUAUGUCAGAGCAUGACAGAAACAAGCCUCAUGAAUUAAAUGGAAUGGCUAAAUAUAAAUUCCAAGAAUCGGCUGAACUCCCAAAAUUAGAAGAGGUGGCUAAGAAUAAUAUUUCAGAAUGGAAGGACUUAGCUAAAGAUAAGCUCUGUGAAAUGGAUGAGCUGACCAGAGAUAAUACUGCAAAGUCAGAGGAUAUCGUUUUAAAUCUAGAUGAAGUAAUUCAGGGUACAACCUCUGGCUCGAAGCAGCCAUCUAGGGAUAAAAUAUUAAAGUCUGCCUCUGUAGUUGGUUCUAAACCUUCAGAAUUGGAAGGUCAUUUUUUUUUAAAAGAAGAACUUGACACUACACAGUCUGUUAAGACUGGGUCACCUGAAUGGAACAAAGAAUGUUCACAACCUCCUCAUGCUAUAAAGCAGGACCCGAAACCUGUGCAAACUACACAUAAUAAACAAAAACCCAAUCUGGAACAACUCAAGGUCAUAGAGUAUAGUACAGCUUCAUCUCAAAAGCAUAAGGAUGCAGAUUCAUCCACAGAGAGUGCAAAGGGUUUCGUUGAGCAUAAAAGUGCAACAAAUAAAGAAAACUCCAUAGCUUCUAAAAUUAGGAUGUUUGAACAAGGUGAAAUGUACAGCUUACUUUCUGAUGAACCAGAUGUUGCCUUAACAGGGUUCCAUGAUAGUUGUCCAGGCAGUGAGAUACCAAAAGAUUCAUCAAAACUAGAACUACACAAAGAUACAUUUUUAGAAAACAACUGUGCCAAAUUAAUAGUGGCUUUGCAACCUUCAGAUGGCAAAACAAAACACCCUGGAGAAACAUCAGACACAGUCUACCAAGCUGAAAAUCAAGGAACAAGUGAGGGAGAACCAUCUCAGCUGUCAUCUUGGAAGGAAGAUAUUUCCCUUGGAUCUGAGCAAGAAGGAGAAAGAGAAGCUGAACUGGCUUCUCCUGAUUCUGGCUGUGAAAUCACUUUGGCAGAAGCUGUGAGCAAAUUUCAAGAACCAACUUGGGAAGAAAAGGAUUUGUCAGGCCUAUCAGUAAAAGCCUUUCCAAAAGAAGAGAGUUUAAAGGCUGCUCCUCCAGUGGCCCUUCAGAGAGCGGGAUUGAGGGAGGGCACAGAGGAGAAAUCUAAGCUGCCUCGGCACAGGGCUCCUGAAAGUGAUACCGGGGAUGAAGACCAGGACCAGGAGAGAGACUCGGUCUUCCUGAAAGACAACCAUUUGGCCAUCGAGCGCAAGUGCUCCAGCAUUACUGUCAGCUCAACUUCCAGCCUUGAGGCUGAGGUGGACUUCACUGUCAUUGGUGACUACCAAAGUGCAGCCUUUGAAGAUUUUUCACGGAGUCUCCCUGAGCUUGAUAAGGAAAAGAGUGAGGGAGAAGCAGAAGGUCAGAUUUCUACUGAGGAAUCUGACAGACCAGCUCCCAAGGAAGAUGGUGAUGCAAUGGAUGAAGAAAAGGUUUAUCAUGUAACCCCAGAAGAGUCCUUCAAUCUGAAAUCAGAAAUGGUAAAGAAAGUGGAAGCAGACAGCUCUGUGCAACACAGAAUUGGUACAACAGAAAUUACACAGGUUGAUGGUACCACUACUGAUGGAAAAGAGGCAGUAACCACUUUCCACACUGUCAGCCCAGAAACUAUAUCUACAACCUCAGAUCACAGUACCAAACCUACAAAAGGCACUGCAGACCUUCGAUCCAUUUCUCCAAUUACCAGUGGUGCUGUUGGCAAAGAAGCCUUCACCAGCCUUUUUGGUGCCACUGCAGAAACCCUCUCCACCUCCACAACGACCCAUGUUACCAAGACUGUGAAAGGAGGAUUUUCUGAAACCAGAAUAGAAAAGCGAAUCAUCAUAACGGGAGAUGAAGAUGUGGAUCAAGACCAAGCUUUGGCUUUAGCCAUCAAGGAGGCAAAAUUGCAGCAUCCUGAUAUGCUGGUAACCAAAGCUGUAGUAUAUAGAGAAACAGACCCAUCUCCAGAAGAAAAGGACAAGAAGCCUCAGGAAUCUUGACCUUUGUAUUUCUAGAAGUUGGCAUCUAUUUUAACUGAAGUAAAGAAGGGGCCUUUAUGCUGGAUUCCUCACUGAGACAUAGAACGUCCUGGCUGCAAGAAUAAUGUUGAGAGACAAAAUAUUAAAUAAAAAGGAAUAGCAAAUAUAUUAUAUAUUAUAUAUACAGGAAACAAAAUGCAUCCUUGCACUGCUGCUAUAUGCUGGAGAUGAAUAAAACAGCAACAUCAGCAACAAGCAAAACCAACCACCUCUUCAAAUAAAUUGAAGAAUUGACUGAACUGAUCUAAAAAAAUCAUGAUGGUAAUAAUAUUAAUAAUACAAUAAACCACCAUUGUGCAUGUUACAUUUAAAGAACACAUAAUUCAUUUGUUGCACACUGAAUGGAAAAGCAAAAAUGCUUUGCAACAAAGCAAGAAAUCAACUAGCAAAACAAGCAGAAUUACAAAAUGAUUCCCUGAUAGGAAAGAAUUAAAAUCCAUUCACUUGUAUAAUUUCUGUUUAUUAUUUUAUAAUUUGGGAUGUGCAGUGAUCAUCCUUUAUUUUCACGCCAUGCUACUUUUGUUGCUUCAUCAUUGGAUUCUUUUAUUUUCCCCAAUUGGUCCUUCCUUUUUUUUUAAAUGUUUCCUCUUCUCAUCUAAUGUCUUAUUCUGCUGAAGAUAAUUAUGACUUUAUUUCACUUAAAGCAAAGGAAAAUGAUAUGUAUAUGAUUUCUCACCAAACAAAAUGCAGCCUGUAGAGAUUUCAUAUUGAUGUGCUUUUAAGUUAUGGAUAUUAUAUAUAACUGGGGAGGGUGGGGAAUGAUAUUAAAACAAACAGUGCUAAGUGUGACAAUGACAUUUUCACGUUAUUAUUCGAUUGAUAAUGGUUAAUGUAUUACAAGACGUUUAGAUUAUGCCAGUAUCCCAUGAAACUAAGAAUAGGAAAAAAAAAAAAAAGGAAUUUGAGGAAGCUGUCUCUCACUUGAAUUUGGUGACACAAUUGUGAUUGUCACUGGUUAAGACAAACAACAGUAUGAAAGGAGUCAAAGACAACAAAACAGAUCAGUGUUACUCCAGCCCAAUUAGAAUGCCUCAAAUGUGCCAAUUAACAGUGUCUCUUCAUCCUCCAGGCUUAGGAGGAGUACAAAGUCACCACACAGAAUGAGGUCAGAUUGCUUCAUUGUUCAAGGCCUUUUAUUUAGCAGUCUUUCAGAUCAAAGUGUUUAUUUAGGGCAAAGUAACUGUAUUUGCCAUGUCAGUUUUUCAAAAUUUGAAAGUUUGGUUCCAAACCUACGUGGCUCAUUUCUGAUCCAUGCAAGUCAGAAUCUGCCAAAGAGACUGUCCUGUCCUACUCCAGUGCAGUUUCAUUUUGUCAGAUUUAAAUUUUGGAGACCAUAUCCAUCAGGGAGAAAGAGCACCUCUGCCUUCUUUAAAUAUGAUUCUAUAUCAGAACAGGAUUUAUUCAUGGGUUUCUUAAAGAUGCAUUCAUCUGCCACAGUAAGUUGUGAAGCUUAGAAAACCAAACUACUAAAAGCAAAUACUGCUUGGGAGUAAGGAUAUUAUUAAUAAAACUGCUUUGCCAUUAAUGAAACCUAGACAUUGUCCUUUACCACUUUUCAUUACCUCAAGAGUAAUUAAAGCAGAAACAAAUGAGACAAAUCUAAAUGAAAGUUUAUACUUUUCCUUUUACAUUUGUGAAUCUGAUAAUGACAUCUUUUAUCUCUAAUUGGAAAUAUAAAUAAAAAUGGGAAAUCAUUGGAGUAACAUGGAUGUAUCUUAUAUCAUAAAUUGUUUGCCAUUGUGGGAGACACUGGGCCAUUGGCUGUUAGUAUGGCUCCUUAAAAUUGGAUGUUUCUGGCAUGUAGGAAUGUCCUAAUUAAACACUGAAAGCAUAGAUGUAAACUUUAUGCUGUAAGAGUCAUUUCUAAUUUUCAUGUAUCCAAGCGAUUUUCUCCUUUAGAUUUUUUGAGGAUUUUUUGUUUCCUUUUAUUCUUUUGGAAUAUGUGAUGCCCUAAAACCAAAACACCAAAAAAUUUAGAAACUCAUAAAAUAUGUAGAAAACAAAAAUCUUGUUCUGCUGAUUUCAAAAACAGAACAAAAAUCUUGAUGACAUUAUCAUGUAUUUUUCUCAACGUUACAAAAAAAGGAAUUUUCCCCACAAAAAUUUCAUUUUUAAUUUUAAAACAAAGCUCAGAAAUUAGGUAUAUAUAAAGUACAUCCUAUUGCUUCUUCUAUAUGAAUUGGUAUACAUGAGUCUGCCACUAAAACCUGUGGAAACAAAUUGCUUCAAAACCCAUUUAUAAAAGACCAGAAUUUAACUCUUGUCAAGUACCGUAAAGGAAAGCUACAGUAGAUUUGGAUUUCUCCCACAGCAUGACUGAUGGGUAGCCAUUAACAAAAACUAGCUUUUUGUUUACCUAGCAAGAUGUGGCUUAUAUAUAGAUAUCUAUAUUGAGAUAUAUAUAUAUAAAAUUUGUGGUAAAGUUGAAGCCAUGCACACUUUUAAGAUCAUGGUUUCUUACACCUUCUGCUGCCAUCUGAUAAAGUUGGUCACUCUUUUCUUUCUUUGGGUGAAGGGGUCUUUCCAUUGAAAGAGACGGUCAACAGAACUGCUUGUUUGCAACAAAUCCCGCAACUUGAUUCUAAAACUGGCCUGCAACUGCAUGAAUUAAAAAGAUUCAUAAUUAUUUUUUAAUUUGAGAAGCACCUUAACCAACUGAAAUGCUGUCAUUCAUUCAUUAAUUCUUCUGUCCUUCUGACCCCUCCACCCAUUUCAAUUUUUGUCCCAUCCUUUUCGAUCAUAUCCUCUUUCAGUGCUUGGUGAUGUAUGCGUGUGUGCUCACUGUUCUUGUAUUCAAUAAAAGUGAAAUAAAUGUAUCUGAUGCUCACUCA